UUUGGGGAUCUUUACUUCUCCGCCAUUAAUUUUUCGUUCAUCUCUCUAGAUCGGGAAAAUGUUGGCUGACGCGAUUCUUAUUCUCUUCAUUUCGGUAGCAACUGCACUUCUCUCUGAAGGAAUCACUUAUUUAUUGGUUUACAGAACAGACAAAUAUAAAAAGUUAACUGCAGAAGUUGAGAAAGACAGUAAAAAGUUGGAGAAGAGAAAAGAAAAUAUAAUAGAUCUUCCCAGACAAGGUGGAGGUCAAAAGAAGAAAAUGGAAAGAGUUGAGGAGAAGCUUAAGAAUCACAACAGAGAUCUUUCAAUGGUGAAAAUGAAGUCCAUCUUUGCAAUUGGAUUUACCUUUACAGCUCUCAUUGGCAUGUUUAAUUCAAUAUUUGAUGGCAGAGUAGUUGCAAAGCUUCCCUUUGUUCCCCACUCUUGGCUUCAAGGCUUGUCUCAUCGGAAUUUGAUGGGCACAGAUUUUACGGACUGCUCCUUUAUCUUCCUUUACAUUCUUUGUACAAUGUCUGUGAGACAGAAUAUACAAAAAAUGCUGGGCUUUGCUCCGUCCCGAGCUGCAAGCAAGGUUGGUGGUCUCCUAACACCACCACAGGGUACCAAAUAAAACUUACAAGAUUCUUGGUUACAGAGAACCCAUUUGACCUGAAAUUGUGUCCAUUGCAACUCGUUUGGAACAUUUAUUGACCCACUGAAACAGUAUUCUUGAAUAUGUUUUUUUCUCGGAGUGUUACAACACAAGUGAUAUUUUUUUGUACAUUUAAGACUCUGAGCAUUUGUCAUAGAUGAGAAAUUAAAUUAAAUUUUAACUGGAAGUUUUUA